AUGUGUGAUUUCUGUGGGUCGUCAAUCGAUGGUCUCCCCUCACUUGUAGUGGAGGAAACUCGAUACUGCAUGGCAUGGAGUACGCCAAGAUCCGUCGCCACUGAUAUCUUUGCACUUGGAUGUUUAAUCUUUGAGAUCACGACCGGUCUUCGCCCAUACCAUGAGAUCCCCGACGAAGAAUUGAGGAGGUCAAUCGCCGAUACAAUGCUGGGGUGA